AUGUUGGUAAUUAAGACACCAUCAACUCCGUCCACCUGUUCUUCAGCCAUCUCUGAUUCAGAUGAAAAUCAAAAGAUUCUGAAGACGUCUGCCGGCAUCUCUCCGAAUGGAUUUUUGAAGGAAAUCAAUCCAGAGUUGUGUGUUUUCACAUAUCGAAUUCUGCGGAAUGAAAUUUUACGGGAGGAUGAUGAGAGAACUUUGAGAAUCUGUGAAAUCAAUGGUCCAAUCCAUUGGGUGGAGUUGAUGAUUGCUAUUGCUGAUCUUCCUCAGGAUUCAGCUCCACCAAAACCAGAGAAACUCCCUUCCCAAAUUCCCGAAUGGACUAAAUGUGACGUGGCUUGCUGGCUUGAACGAACAGGAUUUGAAGCCUAUAUAUACAACUUUCUGGGUCAGGCCGUCGAUGGAGACUUAUUGCUUCAACUAACGGAGAAUGAGUUGCUAGAAGACCUUGGAAUGAGUUCGGGACUUCUUCGGAAACGAUUUUUAAGAGAGCUACACAAACUCAAAUUGUCAGUUGACUACUCAAAAAUCGAUGUGACAAAUCUCGAAAAGCGUCUUGAAGCUGUAAGUCCUGCGUUAACUGUAUACACCUACCAAAUGCUGUCCAAUGGGAUUGAUAGCAAGGUGUUACCUUCAUUGACCUAUGAAAUUAUGACCAAGUGUGGAAUCGUGAAUCCGGUCCAUCAACUGAAACUGGCAAAGUUUUACGGUAUCAAGGAGCGAGAAGCAAUGAAGACACCAUCCAUCGAAGAUAUUGUCUACAUAUCCUAUCGAAAUAGUCCCGGAGCUGAGUUGGCAAGUCUUAUCAAGCUAUACUUGGAGAAGUAUGGAUAUCGAGUUAGAAUGGAUAUUGAUAACACUGAAGCAAACGAUUUAGAAGAAUCCCUUCUUCGAGACGUUUCCUCUUGCAAGCAUUUGGUUUUAAUUCUCACCACGAACAGUUUGGAACCUGAUCAGAUGCCCAAAGAGCUUGAUUUUGCGUUUCAGUUCGAUAAGAAUAUCAUCACAGUGAAUCACAAGGAUUUUGAACAGACGGCUGAAUGGCAGGAGACCUUGCGCACGGCGUUUAGUGUCAAUUGGGUACAUGAUUAUCAGGAAGCGUGUAUUCAGAAAAUUAUCAAUUGCUUUCAGGAAAAUUGA